AUGCUGAAGCUGACUCGGUUUGCAAGGAUCUUCCGCUUGAUGAAGUUGGCACGGAUGCUGAAGCUCUUCCGCUUGGUUCACUCAGCUGAGUCUUCCGUCCAAGUGUCACCGCUGUUUCUGCGCUUGGGCCUGCUGUUCAUGAACGUCUGCUUCUUGGCCCACGUGGUUGCAUGCAUGUGGCAUUGGCUGGCCACCCUACCCCUCGAUCCACAGGGCUGCGUCUCCGGACGGCUGGAGUGCUUCGGCGACGACAACAUUGAGGACGGCUCGGCGACGUGGCUCCAGGGUUCCGGGGGUUCCCAAGACACCGAUACAAACGCGAAGAAGUAUGUGGCAGCCUUAUACUGGGUCUUUACCACCAUGACCACUGUGGGCUAUGGCGACAUCUUUCCCAUGAACAACAUCGAGCGCGUCUUUGCAGUCGGUGUGAUGAUCUUCGGAGCUACGGUGUUUGGCUACAUCGUAGGCAGCGUGGCAGAGAUGGCCACGCAUGGUCGUCAAAACCCGGCAGCCCAGUCCCUGCUCAUGAUGCGGCAGUACUGCGAGGAGCACGGCUUCCACCAGAAGGUCGUGAACUCCGUGCGGCGGCACGUCGAGUUCUGGUACCAGGUGCCACCGGCUUCAGGGACUCUGGGACAAAGCCAGACGACUCUUGCAGGAGAUGUCGCCUUUCGAUGCUGA